AUGGGUGGGAAUAUACUGAAUGUUGAUAUAACUGGAGCUUUGGGGGCAACUGUGAAACCAGACAGUCUGAGCUAUAAUGAAAGGCAAAGUCAUGCAUGUCAUGUUGUAGAUGAGUUCCUGCCUCAGAGAAGACAGCAGAAAAACAUGGAGAAAUACCAGGCCAAGAUGGCAAAAGCUGGCAAUGGUGAGGAUCUUGCUCCAGCUGUGAUUGAUUGCUGGUACUACCUUUCAAGAACUGGGACAGCAAUGAAGGACAGCCUGGGUGACCAUGGGAAUGCAUUCGGCUUAAUACAAGGAAGUAGAGCCAGCAUUCCUCUUCAGUGCUCAAAUGUCUGCCCUUCACACACCUGCUGGCUUUGCCUGUGCCAUGAGAAGUGCUUGUGUCCUCUCCAUAGAGUCACUAAAGAGGUAAAUCCUGAGACUGAGGACCAAAAUGAACUCAAGCAGCCUGUAAGCAACAAAGAACUCUGGAUAAAUAGUGGGGUAUCUGGUGUGCUGAUGGUGCUGUCCCACUUUCAGGCUGGCAAACAGUACCGUAAGACUGGCGAGCCGUGGGACACUGAAGAGCACUUAGCACAAGACACAGAGGUUUUAUACAGGAUGAUAAAUCUAGAAAAAAAAUCUCCAUCUUGGACAAAGGAACAGUUGAAUGGAAUCUCAGCCUAUAAUGCAGGAGUUAACACUGUCCAGACUGAUGACAAAAUGGAUAUUGGCAAAACACACAACUAUGUCAAUGAUGUGGAUUCAAGACCCAGGUUUUAUAAGAAAAAUGGAUAUUGAAAUCUGAGUAAUUAUUAGAUCUGAGGCCCUGAUUGCAUACUUUGUUUCUAAUUAAAAACAUUCAGAAUUUCUCCUCCAGAAACAAUAAAAAUGGGGCAGGACAACGAAGCCAGGAACAAGAACAAACUUGCAGUGGGUUUUUUUCCAGCUAAGGCUAAAAAAAUAACUUAAAAGAUAACAUGGCUAAUAGUCCAAAAUGAAAAUUACCUUUAAUUUUCAUCUUAAUUCUUGAGAAUAUUCAGAGUUUUCAUCGGUGGCUGCAGUUUCUCAAGCAGCAGAUUAAUGCUUCAAGGAAGU